GUUCGUGUUCCUCGCGUGCGCGGAUCGGAUCGGUUCCUCUGGAUUGGCGCGCACGCUCAGCAAGUAGUAGCAGGUCUUUCGCCGUCGCAUGUUACUGCAGCAGGCCACCGGAAGAGCGCGCCGUCAUCAGCUAGCUGCCUCCUCCUCCUCGUCGUCUCGACCACCGGCGGUGGAUGGGCGGCGUGCUCGGCGCGCUGCUGCACCGGCGGUCCGGGGGCAGGCCGCCACCGGCGCGGGCCACGAGGCGCCGGGCGCUCACCCGCCAGCCGUCGGCCUAUGACGCCGGCGGCGGGCACCGGAGGGCGAUGCUGUCCAAGAAGUACUCGUACAUACCGGACACCUACACGUCGCUUGACGAGGUGGCGGCGGCGCUGCGCGAGCAGGGGCUGGAGUCGUCGAACCUCAUCCUGGGCAUAGACUUCACCAAGAGCAACGAGUGGACAGGGAGGCAGUCGUUCGGCGGGCAGAGCCUGCACAGGGUCGGCGACACGCCCAACCCCUACGAGCAGGCCAUCAGCAUCAUCGGCAAGACGCUGGCUCCCUUCGACGAGGACAACCUCAUCCCCUGCUUCGGCUUCGGAGACGCCACCACCCAUGACUACAACGUGUUCAGCUUCCACCCGGACAACUCGCCGUGCCACGGCUUCGAGGAGGUCCUCGCCUGCUACCGCAAGAUCGUGCCGCACCUCAAGCUUUCCGGGCCGACGUCGUUCGCGCCCAUCGUGGAGGCGGCCGUCGACAUCGUGGACCGGAGCGGGGGGCAGUACCACGUGCUCGUCGUGGUCGCGGACGGGCAGGUGACCAGGAGCGUCGACACCGGUGACGGCGACCUCAGCCCGCAGGAGAAGAGAACGGUAGAGUCCAUUGUCACGGCAAGCUCCUACCCGCUGUCCAUCGUUCUGGUUGGGGUCGGGGACGGCCCCUGGGACGACAUGCGCAGAUUCGACGACAAGCUCCCCGCGCGCGACUUCGACAACUUCCAGUUCGUCAACUUCACCGCCAUCAUGGCCCGCGCCGCGACGGCACAGCAGAAGGAGUCGGCGUUCGCGCUCGCCGCGCUCAUGGAGGUCCCCAUCCAGUACAAGGCCACCAUGGAGCUCGGCAUCCUGGGACGGUCCACGGGGAACGCCAAGCGAGUCGCCCCCGCGCCGCCGCCACUGCCGCACGCGCAGCGGCAGGCGUCGUCGCUGAGGAGGGGCGCCAGCAACGUCGGCGGCGCCGCCGCGGCGCCGAGAGAUGACCAGGUGUGCCCGAUCUGCCUGACCAAUGCCAAGGAUCUGGCGUUCGGCUGUGGGCAUAUGUGCUGCAGGGAGUGCGGGGAAAGCCUCACCAGAUGCCCGAUAUGCCGGCAGCCGAUACGGUCGAAGCUGAGGCUAUAUUCAGGAUGAAGUGGCUAUGCUACAACAGAGGCCACGAAGAGGAAAAAGGAUAUAUAGCUUACUCGCCGUUAAAAUGUACAUGUGAAUCUGUCAAAACGUGUAAGAAGGAACCACCGGUCGAGGUCAGUCCUGUUCGUCUCCAAAUUUGGAUGAACCGAUGUUCCAUUUUGUCACAAAAGAGGUUCUUUACU